AUGGACUCUUCCUACUCACGGCGAGAGCCCUAUUACCGCUGGCUCAUCCCUGCUGCCUUACUCUUCCUUUUCCUCUUCAUUGCACGCGAAUACCCCGAGUGGAAAGCACAACGGCAAAAGAACUCUGAAAAGGACAAAGACACCACAAAACAGGAAGACACACCAACCACAGCAGCGACCACUACUCCAGGAGGUGAUACGACAUCCUCCUCACUAUGGCCCUCCAACUUCUCUGUACGCUGGAUCCCAUAUAUCCCCUUCGCCGUCGUCUACCUCGUUCUCAAGGCCCUCUGGACAUGUUUUCGUCUUCUUGUUCUUCACUCGAUCCUCUUUGCCGAGCACGCAGGCGUGCACUUGAUGGUCGCCGUCGAAAAGGCUGUGCAAUGGUCUGUUCAGGAAGGCCCCGAAUUUGUCACGUCCAAGAUCGUGGUACCCAUCUGCUUAACAGCUAGGGCUGUUUGGGAAUCCCCAGCUAUGGCUAAAGUCAAGGCAAGCAUCGAGGAGACCGUCAUCCCUGGGAUUGCGCGCCUAUCCAUCUCUACUUAUACCUCCCUCAAGGCACUCUUGGUCAAGGUUGUAGCCUGGAUCCACAUUGUGGCUGAUCCCGUUAAGGCUGCUGCUGUCUGGUUCGCAGUCGAGUGUCUCUACAACCCAGCCCAUGCAAUUGGAUCACGACUUGCCACACUCAGCCAUACUUUUCUCCAGACAGCCAAGAUUUAUUUUGGAGAGUUGGCCAAGGACGCGAUCGAUCUGGGCAAGGUUGUCGGACGGGUAGGAGUUUGGAUCUGGACACGGACGUUCACACCCCUCUGGACCAAACUCUGUGCACUCGGGAAUGCCAUCGCCACCGGGCUAAAGCAGUUUUUGCCAUGGCUCGGCCACACCCUGUACACGCGAGUCAUUGCGCCUGUUGGAAAAGCUGCGAUCGAUGGCUGCCGGAUACUUCGAUCCCACCCCACACUACUGGCCGGUCUUCAAGCAAUAUCCUCCAAGGUUCAGGAAAAGUGCAGUCUGGGACUUCUGCGACUCGAGAGCGUCAAUUGGCUGAUCCUACUGGAAACUGUCUUGACAAAGACAUUCACGACUGUACAGCACUACGCAGUCCUCACUCUGACGGUCGUCGGCAACGGUCUCCAGUACUUUGCGGUCGAGAUGGUUCCAAAUGCGUAUCAGGACUUGAUGAGUGCGCUGGAGCUGGCUCGACCUGUCGUCGCAUGGGUGAUCGGGAAGUUUUUGCAAGUUGCGCAUCCGCUCUGGCAGGUCGUUUCCUGGGUCUCUUGGACGGUGUACACUCACACCGGACCUGCACUCGCCUGGCUUCACAAGCACAUUGCCCUCCCUACCCAUGCUCUCUGGGUGUCCUCGAUUCUCCCUGUGCUGACCACAGUAACCAUUGCUGUGAUCGCCAACACGACAAAGAUUUCGAACAUAAUCCUCAAGGCUGCCCCAGCUUUCGCAGCGGUGAUUGUCCCUAUCUGGAACGCUUUGGCUCAGGUGGCCCUAGCGCUCCAAGCAGCAAUGGCUCAAGCCGGAGCCAAGGUUGUCGAGCUCUCUGGAGGGCUCGGCGUGUACAUACAGAGUCUUGGACCUCUAUUUGAGGCAUUCAAGGCGCAAACUGGACGUGUCAUGGAUGAGCUCGUUCUUACCACGAGCAACUUUAUGAUGGACUGGGUGAAAAAAGAGAAGCGCGACUAA